ACACCGCCCAAACUCGAUCCUAGUUCAGCCAUUUCGUGUCGACACAGAGAAAGUGGGAAACAGUAGCAUGUGGAGAUCAACGCUGCUCCUGGCCGUGUUGGCUGGGUGCUCGAUGUUCCGCGGAGCUCUCUCUCAGAGUGUGGAUGACUGUACAGCCACGGUGCAGAUUGUUGGUACAACGAACCAGAUAGAUAUUCCACUAGGAACUGUCUGUGUGGAAUGUGUUGUC